AAACGUUCAAAUGCGCGGUUGGGUAUUUCUGAAAGAGUUGGUAACGUGUUUUUAGUUUGAAAUUAUAAAAACGAAAUAAAAAAGUAAUAAAUAACAUAAACCAUGAGUUCAACGUGGCUGUGCUUAGAAAACACCUCAAAAAUAGUUUUAUUUUUAAUUGCAUUUACGGUGUUGAUAGCACACACAACAUGUACAACAGCAACAACAAACAAAGACACUGCUACAACACAUGCGGAAACAACACAUGUCAAUACACUGGCAGAUGAAAUAGAAAAGGAAGAAUUUGUUGAUACAGAUUCCCAGCAGCCACAUUCACGUAGAAAACGUUUAGUAUGGAUAACAGAUGAUGGACGCUUGGCAUUGCCACCAGGCACUACAUUAACAUUUACCCCCACCAUUGCUUUACCAUUGGUCAGACAUCCUCCGGAGGGGUUCUUUUCAAACAUGUCCAUCAGUUUUCCCGUAACAAUUGAUUUCGACAAAUUGGGUCUGACCGACAACCAAAAUCCGUUGGGUGAUUUGCCGCCUAUAUUUUCACGUUCAUUUGGUCACUCGGCGGGGGAAAUGUUGGGCAACUACAUGACUAAAUAUUUACAUUUCAAACGGAAACGUGAUCUAAGCGAACAACAAAAACAAUAUACACAAUCGAGAAAUUCUAAUUUCAAUAUCAAGGAACAUGUGAAUGAUGAUCAUGUUGACUUGCCUCAAUUGCCAGAACGUUUUAAGCAUAUAUUCCAUGGCGGUGAAAGAGUAAUUUUAUAUGGUGUGGUAGAAGAUUUUCUCUCUACGUUCGGCAUGAAUGGCAAGGCAUGUCUGUUGCGCACGAUCUGUGAGGUUCAUUCGAGAAAAAUCGAUCAUUAUGGUGUGUUUGGUGAAAUGGCGAAAUUGUUCUUGACUGUUACAAGAUCACCCUUUUCGGAUCUAAUACCAGAAUAUGUGACAGCUCAAGAAAUCGGUGAAGGUCGUACUGCUCCCGGCGAAUGUUUCCCAUAUCAUAAAGAAUGUCCCAGAAGUGUAUUUAAAGUCCUGCAAACUCAUAAAUACAGGGAACCCCCCAAAGGUGAGUAUCACGAGCAAGAGGCAGUAGAAAUAACCAAACCACAGCUACCCGAAAAUUUAUCAGCUGCUGAAAUUUUAGAACAACAAGUUACAGAAACGGGAAAUCCCGUAGAUAAUGAAAUUGAGGGAACACAAUACAAUAAAGCCAAAAGUAAUAAUCAAUAUUCCAUGUAAAGUUUGUAAAAUAAUUAGAAAAAAAAAAUAAUAAUACUCGA